AUGGCCGGCAAACUCUCCACAGAUUAUCCCGCAUGGAAGGAACUCCAAGCGCUCCACGACCAGAAAGCCUCGGCCGAGCUAGUGCUCUCCAAGCUCUUCGCGAGCGACCCCGACCGCUUCAAGAAGUUCUCCACUCGCUUCGAGUCGCCGAACACGGAGACCAGCAUCUUCCUGGACUAUUCCAAGAACCUCAUCGACCAGCAGGUGUGGGACAAGCUUCUCGAGCUGGCCCACCAGGCCGGCGUCUCCAAAGCCAGAGAUGACAUGUUCGCCGGCCAGCACAUCAACACCAGCGAAGAGCGCGCCGUGCUCCAUGUCGCUCUGCGGGACACCUCCAACCAGGGGUACGGGGCCAACGAAGAGGGCGUGGGUGAAGUCAGGAGCGUGCUCGACCAUGUCCGGGCCUUCAGCGAGGCCGUCCGAUCGGGCUCCCACAAGGGAUACACCAACAAGCCCAUCGACACCCUCGUCAACAUCGGCAUCGGCGGCUCCGACCUCGGCCCGGUCAUGGUCACCGAGGCCCUAAGCUUCUAUGCUCGCACCGGCCCCACCAUCACCCCCUACUUCUGCAGCAACAUCGAUGGCAGUCAUCUCGCCGAGAUCCUGAGGAAGUGCGACCCCGAAACCACCCUGUUCAUCGUCGCCAGCAAGACCUUCACCACCCAAGAAACCCUGACCAACGCAAACAGCGCCAAAGAAUGGUUCCUCUCAUUCGCCAAAGACAAAGCACAUGUGGCCAAGCAUUUUGUUGCGCUCUCCACUAAUACCGACGCGGUCACUGCAUUCGGCAUCGACAAAGCGAACAUGUUCAAGUUUUGGGACUGGGUCGGAGGCCGAUACAGUUUAUGGAGUGCGAUCGGCCUGAGCAUCGCGCUUUACAUCGGCUACGAGAACUUCGAAAAGAUGCUUCAAGGCGCACAUGCCAUGGAUCGCCACUUCAAGGCCGCCCCCUUGAAAGAAAACUUGCCCGUCAUUCUGGCUCUCCUUGGAAUCUGGUACAACAACUUCUAUGGCGCGCAGACCCAUGCUCUCUUGCCGUACGACCAAUAUUUGCACAAGUUUGCAGAUUACUUCCAACAAGGCGACAUGGAGAGUAAUGGUAAAUAUAUUACCAAGGACGGACGACGGGUGACAUAUCAAACCGGCCCGAUCAUCUGGGGCCAAGCUGGGACGAAUGGACAGCACGCAUUCUACCAAUUGAUCCACCAAGGCACCAAGCUCAUUCCCUGCGACUUCCUUGCCCCGGUCGAGACCUUAAACCCGAUCGGAGGGGGGCGCCACCACGAGAUUCUGUUGUCGAACUUCUUUGCGCAGCCGGAAGCCUUGGCAUUCGGGAAAGACGAAGCAGCCGUCAAGCAGGAGCUCGGGCCGGCUGCGUCGAACGAGUCGCUGGCCAAGAGCAAGGUUUUCGAGGGCAACAAGCCGACGAACUCGAUCAUGUUCCAGAAGCUCACUCCAGGAACACUAGGAGGGUUAUUGGCAUUGUAUGAGCACAAGAUCUUCGUCCAGGGGGCGAUUUGGGGCAUCAACUCGUUCGACCAGAUGGGCGUGGAGCUCGGCAAAGUGCUCGCCAAGAACAUCCUGGCCCAGCUCGGCUCGCCCGCGGACGUCAAAGGCCACGACUCGUCCACCGAAGGCUUGAUCAAGUUCUUCCAGUCUCAUCGCAAGUAA